GACUCUUUCUGGCUGGGCGCUCCUCCUCCUACUUCUUCUUCCCUGUGUCUUCACGUUUCAGAAAUCCGUCCGCCCGCCAUAGAGGCACCGUGCUAUGUUAUCACGGACAAGCCCGCGAAGAGGUGGGUAAACGGAGAAGCUCUGAAGAAGAUUUUGACAACGGGAGAGGUAGUAGCUGCUCUCCAACCAUCGUCUAAGCUUCCAAGGACAGAAAACAACGUGCCGGACACGCGGCGGCGGCGGCGGCGACGAUGCCGGCCGGGGGCGCGAAGACGCGGUUCGGCCGGUGCCCGUACUGCCGCGCCAUGAUCUGCCAGAGCACCAGCGCCGCCAUCUACUACUGCACCAAAUGCCGCACUCCGAUCCGAGGCAAGAACACGGAGCCGACAGACGAUGAAACGGACAACGCUCUGAGCAGUCUGGAGAUCCUCUCGGCCGUCGACACAGAGUCGGUCUUCUCCGACGAGCUCGAGGGUUCCUCUACUACGCAGCCCUCGGUCAUCGACGUCGACGGCGACCAACCUCCCUUCUCGUGCGGCUACAACUCCAACUCUGAUGCCAACAGCCAGGGGAUUGCGGCUGCUUCCUCGCCGUCGCCGCACAGAGGCUUCGGUUCACCACGGGCCGGCAAACCUCGGAGCAAUAGCUGCCUACCUCGGGGCGUCGAAGACGGCCUCAUUGGCUCGGAUGGACAGGACGAGGUUCGAGUCGUUCGACCGGUGAACAGUCGCGUCGAUGCGCUCCGGGCGUCGUCUCGGCGGACGAGGCGGGCGUUGAGCGCUUCCGACCCGAGCAUUCUGCGCCGACGUGACUUCUCUGUCCCGGAUCCCGAGGAGGCGCCGAGGAACGCGUCGUCCGGGCAGCAGCAGCUCCGGCAAUCCGCGCUGAGCUCUAGGGAGCUCAGGACGUCUGCCAGCGUGUCCGCUGCCACGGCGUCGCCCCUGACGGACCCGGCGUUCCAAAGGGACCUGCUGCACGCGCUGGACAAGCUCCGCGGCAUGAUUGCCAGCAUCGAGCUGCAGCCGCGGCAGGCGAGCGGCGGGAGCGGGGCCGUGACGCGGCGCGACUCUCGUUUGUUCCGGCGGCUGGAGUCGCGGCUCGCGGAGGAGCUUCCCGCCGACAGCGCGGCGGCACGUGGCCCGCGCCGGAACGGUUACUCGAGCGCUGGCUCCGCCUCGUGGUCGUCGUCGGCGUCGUCGUCCAGCGGACAGGGCGAGCGGCACGCAGCGAGGCCGCAGAGGAGGCGCCACUGCCUCCCGGUCCUGGGGGGCGCGCCGUUCGUCGUCUGCGGCGAGUGCUCGGAGCUUCUCCAGGCGCCCACGUCGGCGGUGCCGUCGCGGAGGAGGGGAAGCGUCAGGCUGCGGUGCGGCGGGUGCGAGAAAGUGCUCGAGGUGGCGCUUCCCGCGGUCGCGGGUACCGCUGGCCCCGCGCGCCGGACGAGCGGGGUGUCCGGCUCGGGUGAGCUGGAACGCGCGGCGAGCAGGAGCGGCGGUGCCGGUGCGCAGCAGGUGCCGUUGCUGCUGCACCGCGCGCUGGGGUACGACUCGAUGAGCCAGCUUCUGCAGAGCCGGCGGUACUGAAGUGCUGAGAGAUUUUGAUUUUUGAGCGAGCUUUUUUACGGGUUCUUUUUCACUAAUGGUUCCAAGGCAAAUCUAGCACUUUUUUUUUUGAUCGUAAGGCAAAUCUAGCACUUGGUACUGGUAACUGACCUUUGUGUGUU